AUGGAGUCGGACACGGAUGAAGCGAAAGAAGCUUGGAUGAGCCCUCUCAACAGGAUGCGGCGCCUGGUCGGGCUGGAGCAGCGUAGCCACAGCAGCGGCGGCUCCAGCAGCAGCAGCGUGCGCUUCGGCGGUGGCCCCGAGGAGGAGGCUAGCCCGAUCGGGGAUGGUGUGCCGGCCAACAACCACAGCGACAUUCUCCAGUCAACCUCUCCGUGCAACGACAAUUCAGUGCUCGAGUUCUUUUCCCAGCUUCCAGAUUGCGCCGCCAUCAUCGAGGGUGACGCAACCGCCGCCGCUUCCAAGGCACCUUUCACGCGUGGGCACCGCCGUCGUUCUACCCACGUUACUCGCCGUGACCUUGAGAAGUUUCAAAAGGAGGUCUUGGGCGUAGAGAACCACGCCUCCUGGUACGAAGAGGAAAACGGCACCUCGCGCCCGAUCAACCCUUACGACCCGCAGCUCGAAGAUCUCAACCGUGCGUUUGCGGCCGCGAACGAGUCGAUGAACACUACCACGGGAAUGACGGGCAACGGUUCCGCGUCGGGCAUGUUUUCGGGUUACGCGGAUAACUCUCCUGGCAACUCCACCAUGGGCAGUGUGCCUCGACAGUCCAUGUCGCCUGCACUCUCUCACCCGUCGGCUCAGGUCAACGGAGGUGGGAUGGGAGCUAUCGCCUCCGGAAUGCCCAUGAACGCGGGGCACCAGAUGGACCUCCAUCAUCUGUACGAGAUGGUGCUGGAAUUGAGCGAUGUGCUCAAGAACAACCGUGAAGUGACCAAGAACAUUGUCUCCAGUGCGGAGGAAAUCAUGAAACACGGUUCGUCUGAGGAUGCCAGCCCAGCGAUGCAGCGGGUUAAUGGUGAAAUCUCCGCCGCCCGGAUCACAGAACUCGAACGCGCCCUCGCCAAAGAAAAACGCCAGGUCGAAGAACUUAAGCGCGAACAGGUCGAGAACACCAAGCUCAUCGGCGAAUACGAAGCAGGCGUGGGAACAAUGGUUGAGCAGAUCCGUAACUACUGCCAAAGCAACAACAUGCAGUACCUGGCUCAGAAGAACAACUACAACCAACUGCUGCAGGCCGAACGCGACGCGCAUCUGGAGAGCCGGCUUGACCGCGACUACUGGCACACACAAACAAUGAAAUGCGCCGAGAUGAUUCGUACUGCCUACCGGCUCCGGGCCGAAGAGGAAGAGCUUCCCGUGCGCAUCGUGGCCGGUUUGCAGAACGAGGUUCGCGCCUAUCGCAACGCCCUGGGGAUGGAACCGGAACUCCCCGAGGAGGAGUUUGGUUGGGAAAUCCUGAAGGAUAUCCCCGGCUUAGAAUGA